AUGUCUCGCGACGUCCUCACCACCGCCGCCGCGUCCUGGGACGCCUUCGCGCGCGAGGAUAUCGACCGCGACGCUUCGUCUUCCGAAAAUGCGUCGAAAACGCUCGAGAAUGCGCGCGCGGGGACUCGACGGGCGCGCGCGCGUAAGCGCUUCGCCGUCGGCGAUGCCCCACGAGCGAGCACGCGGGAUGCUUUAAAGUCCACGAGCGUCGUCGAGCGACCGGGCGAGCGCACGACGGCGAGCGAGCAGGCGAUCGAGCGCGCCAUGGAGGGAAAUCUGCUCUUUGCUGAGCUGGACGCGGCUUCGCGGCGACGCGUGGCGGACGCAAUGAUGCCCAUGUACGUCGGCGAGAACGACGUCGUGAUCGCGCAAGGGGACGACGAGUGCGAACGGUUUUAUAUCAUCGAGAGCGGUGAGGCGAGCGUGAUGAAGAACGAGGUCGGAAAGCGAACGAGUCUGUCCACGGAUAGCGCAAACGAGACCACACGCACAGAGUCGCUUGGGCAGAGUAAGUCGGUGGUGUACGAUCCGGCCACGGCGACGUGCGUGGCGACGCUCGGCCCAGGGCGUGGAUUCGGUGAAUUGGCGCUCCUGUACGCGUGUCCGCGAUCGGCGACGAUCGUCGCGCAGACGCCGAUGAAGCUGUGGACGCUUCACUCGAGUGCGUUCAAGGCAAUCAAGCACUCCGUGGCAAAGCGCGAGGCUAUGGACGUGCUCGAUCUUUUCGAACGCGUCGAACUAUUUAACGCCCUCUCCGAACAACAGCUAAUCACGAUAUCUAACGCGGCGAGGCGAGAGACGUACGAGGCGAGAGACGAGGUGUUCCGUCAGGGCGAUCCCGGGCACUGUUUUUACAUUAUCGAGCGAGGCGAGGUGAGCGUGCGCGUCAACGGCGCGGAGGUUGUGAAGCUCUCUCGGGGUGACUUCUUCGGCGAGCGGGCGCUGGUAAACAAUGAGCCUCGCGCUGCGACAAUCUAUGCCAUGACGGAAGUCUCUUGUCUGGUACUCAAUCGACAGACGUUUGUGUCGAUGCUCGGCUCCAUCGAGGAAGCGCGGUGCUUUGCGGGCCUGGCGGAGUGUCCGAUCUUGGCACCUCUGAGCGAUGUUCAGCUCACAGAUAUUGCAGGUGAGAUGCGAAUGUGCAGUUACGUCCGAAACGAUGUCGUGUUUCACGAGAACGCGAUGGGUGAUGCGUUUUACGUCAUCAUUGAUGGCCAGUUUUCGGUUACGACGUCGACUUCGAAAGAUCCCGUUGCAACGUUGAAUCGAGGACAGUACUUCGGUGAACUCGCGCUACUGCGCAAGGACAAGCGUGCAGCCACGAUCACAUGUGUGAGUAAUCGUGCGAAAGUGGCUUUCAUGACCAAAUCCGCCUUUGAAAAGAAGAUGGGCAACUUGGACGUCCUUCGCAAGGCUUGGCGAUUUGAAACGCUAUCCAAAGUACCGAUUCUGUCCAAGUUAUCACCCGAGGAGAUACAAAAUCUCGCCGAGGAGCUCACGGACGUUUCGUUUCGAGCGAACGAGACCGUCAUCAAGCAAGGAGAAUCCGGGGACGCGAUGUUCAUUCUGGAAUCUGGUGAGGUCGAGGUGAUCGAUGAAAAGACGCUCAACACAUCCGGCGAUCCAAAGUUGUUGUGCAAGCUUGGACCGAGCUCGUACUUCGGAGAGCUCGGUUUGCUGAACUCCGAUCCACGCGCCGCAACAGUGCGCGUGCCGAAUCGGGCGACCGUGCUUGUGAUCACCCGUCGCGUCUUUGAGCAACAUCUUGGCAGUCUCAAGGAGAUCUUGAAACGAAAUGCGAACGAGCUGUACGCAAAGAUCGGUCGUCCAGCCCACAGAAGACCAGUCACGGCGACGCUCGAUGAGCUUGAAACUGUCGGUUUUCUAGGCGUCGGGUCUUUCGGUCGCGUCACGCUCGUCUCUUAUCAGGGCGAGACGUACGCCCUGAAGGAGAUUGGAAAGGCGCAAGUCGUCUCGCGUGGAUUGGUCGAGCACGUGUGGAGAGAAAAAGAAACCAUGGCGCAGUGCGACUCCCCGUUCUUGGUGAACCUUCAUCGCACGUACGUGAAUGAAAAGUCAAUUUUCAUGCUCAUGGAUAAAGUCUUGGGCGGAGAGCUGUUCACGUAUCUACAGAUGCGAAAUGCACCCUUACCCGAGGCGCACGGCAAGUUUUAUGCUGCGUGCGUUGUCUCGGCCUUUGAGUACCUACACGACCGAAACAUCAUCUAUCGCGAUCUCAAACCGGAGAACUUACUAAUUUCCACGAACGGGUACCUCAAGGUGACGGACUUUUCGUUCGCGAAGAAACUUCAAAAGGGACAAAAGACGUUUACGUUGUGCGGGACACCUCAAUAUUUGGCGCCCGAGCAGGUGCAACAGGUCGGUCACAACCGCGCCGUGGAUUGGUGGGCCCUGGGCGUAUUGAUCUACGAGCUCGUCAACGGUUUACCUCCGUUCAAUCAGGACGACGACUACGCCCGGUACAAGGCUAUCAACGACGUGAGCUUUCACUUUUCGCCCAAGAACGCUCCGGCGUUCCGAUCUGUCGUCUCCGGCCUCCUCCUCCGCCUUCCCGCCGGCCGACUCGGGAUGGGCAAAUCUGGCGCCCGCGACAUCAAACAGCACCCUUGGUUCGCGGAUGUAAACUGGAGCGCGAUGGCGCAGCAACGUGCUCGAGCGCCCUACAUCCCGCGAGUGGACGAUAUCUCCGAUUUGCGGCACUUUGUCGACACCGGCGACGCCGUCCCAGGAUUGAGCUCGCGCUGGGGACACUACGUCUCCGUCGGUCGCUUCGCUGACUUUUAA